ACUGGUAGUAUAAAAGCUUUGUGAACGCUCGUACGUUGUUGAUUCCCGCUAGUCGGCGAUAUUUGUUUACUGAGUCCGUGGGUAUUAAGCUUAUUUUUUAAGGCUAAUUUUAUUAAUUAAACGUUAAUCAUGCCGGCUACACGUUCUAGAACAAGCUCAGAACAUGCUGAAGCUGUCACAGAAGAACUGAAGAAGACAGAGACCAGCGAAACCGAGAAGCAGAAGCCGGAGAAUCCGGAACCCGAGGCAAAAGAUAAAACUGAAGGGCCAGAAAACCAACCAGAGGAGAGCUCGAAAGAAGCCGAGGAAACAGAAGACAGCAAAGACGAAGCAGCACAGGAAAACGGAGAAACAAAGACGGACAAAAAUACAACAGAGAGCGAAGCCCAGAAAAGGAAAUCCGAAGGCGGCAAUCCGGACAAGGCUGUCUCACCGGAGAAAAAGGCCAAACUAGAGGCAGAGAACGUAGAGGCGAACGAAGCCGAGAAAGCCGAAGCUGUCGCAUAACAUGCUAAAUUGUUGGUCGUACUGUGUUGUUUCCAAUAUUUUAUAUAUCAGGCAUACGUGCACGGCAUCGAUUUAUCAUCCAUCGCUUUUCGUUGAUGUAUUCACCCAUAAUAAAUUAAUAUUUUCUUUGUUGUAACUUUUUUUUUUAUUUUUGUUUAUUUUUUAACUUUGUUUUUCUUUUUAUUUUCACAUAUCAAAGUUUAAAGGAUGUGUAAAUAUUGUUUCAUUCAAAGUUUCCUUUUCUGUUUCAUGGAAAUUAUAUAUAUAUAUAUAUAGUGCAAACAACACAAUACUACUACCUGUAACCAGUAAAAUGUGGGUACUUAAAAGAAGCUUACACUCUUCGAUGUCUCUUUUAUCAUUAUGUAUCGGGAACACCGAUUCCAAAAUGUGUGCGGAAAACAGUUUUUUUGUAAUUUUUAUGUAGAAAAAUAGUCUACGUCACCUUCGAGUUAACGAGAGGCAGCGGCCCCGUCCGCUCCCAGAUAAUAAAAACAGACUUGAAGCUAACAAAAAAGAAAGUAUAUCAAAAUGGAUAUGCAUGUAUCAUAAUAUAGAUUUUGUUCUAUAGAUUAUAAAUAAAUUUUUUAGAAAUCUUUUGACAGUUUAGUUUUAAAAAAAAAAUUUCCACAAACCAGACUAUAUAUAUAUAUAAUGAGGUAAUUGUAAAACUUCUAGAUCUCAUGUACUUCAUGAAAAACUCCAGAAGGUUGUAAUGGAGUUUUCUAGUGUUUUAAGAUGAAAAGAAAAAAAAAAACCUUUCUAUGUGGAAUUUCUUGCUGUAAGUUUUCUGUAUCAACAGUAAAGUUGUUAUUUAGCUAUGCAUCAA